AUGGAGUUGGGUGGCGAUAGUCUUAAGGAUAUUCUUAUACACAAACCACAAGUAUUUGGUCGACAACCGGGAGAACCCAUAAAUUCAAUCGAGUUUUACAUAUCGUGUCAUAUAUUCAAAGAGCUCUUAGAGUGCGUCCAGUAUUUGCAUAAAUUGAGUCCACAGAUCAUCCACAGGGACCUCAAACCCGACAACAUAUUGGUGGCGAAGAAUGUAAGGGAAGGUAGGUUUAUGAAGUUAUGUGACUUUGGUUUGGCGUCAUUGCACCCUGAUGGUUCCGAUGCCAGUCAUACCACAGGAGUGGGCACACUUCAAUACAUGGCACCAGAAUUCACCGGAUUUGAGUAUUUACUCGGGAUAUGAAAUAUACGACAAAUUUACUAAAAUGGAUCAAAUCAUUGACUCAAUGAGUGUUGCAAUCCAUAGCACAAGACCCGAUUGUUCACAAGUAUUAUCGGAAUAUAACUUAUGGUCUAUUGAUAGGAAUUGUCUCAAAACUGAUCCCACAUUUGAUUCCACACUAAAACUCAUUCAACAAAAUGAUUACAAGUUUUUCGCACAAUAUUUUGAUGGAAAAAA